AUGAGAAAUUAUACUACACAAUAUAGUCCAAGAAGUCGUGUUGUAUAUGGUGAUUCUAAUAGUACCGAAAACAGACGAAGGCCGUCAUCUCUUACCAGACCAUUGGCAGAUGUUAUAAAAGAAUUAGGAUCAAAGAAAAGCGUAUGCGAUAUUUCAAGUUCAAGUAGAUCACGAGAAAAUACAAUGAUUAAAGAUGAAAUGAGACGUAACGACAAUGUUUCCAUUGAGGAUAGUUAUUCUGGAGGCAAUCAAUUACAAAUGGAAACAAAUGAAGAAAACUCUUCAAAGCAGAACACUGCUCCAAGCACCAGUCAUUCAAAAGAGGAUGAAACAGUUAAACACAUUACAAAAGUUACAAUAACACCUAAAAAAACGCGGAAUCUUCUUUCAAUCGUUGAGGGAUCACAAAAUGAAGAACUAACAAAUGAGGAUAUAUAUAAAGAAAUAAAUAGUAGUAGAAGUCCGGAAGAAGAAAUUUGUAAAGUAAAUGUUGAAAUACCCGUAAUCAAUAAAGAAAAGCACAUUGUUUUACCUGUCAUAGGUGAAGAUAAGGAGCAGACGUCUUUUACGAAUAACUCAAACGAGGAAAAUAAAAGUCCUGAUGAAGCAAACGACAUUUUAUGUUUAGAUAAAAACGAGAUUUCUAUGUCGGAUAAUAUGAUAAAAAAGAAAGACGACAACUCCUUUAAUAAUAAUAGCAAAAGAGAAGAAGACGUCAGAAAAGUUGACAUUAUUGACAAAGAUAAAUUAAUUGUCAGAGAACAACUACGAGCAGAAACAGAAGAAGAAUUUUGCGAAAAGCGCGAAGAAAAGCAAACACCUAGUUCAGAAAAAACAAAAGAAGUAAAAAACAAGCAAGAUAUUGUCUCAAAAACAGGAACUGGAGGGAAAGUCAAACAAGUGCAGGGACAAUCUCAGUAUAAAUUGUCUGGAUUAAACAAAGACAAAGAGAAGACAAAGAACGAUCAUAGCAGCCAAGUAGUUCCUUCGAAAGAAGUCAACCCAACUGAUACAUAUAAACAAAGCAAGUCGAACUUAAAAAUGAAGAAACCAGAGAACAAUCGUUCACACAAGAGAACUGAGAUUUCUAAAGCAGAUGACCGUGGUGGACAAAUCAGAGUAAUUUCAAAAAGAGGAUCUGUGUCAAAGGUUGUUUUAAAACCAGGUCCUGCAAACGGUUUACAAGGAGUCAAAGAUCAAGAAAAGGAUAAAAAGAAAAGAACCCAAGAUUUUGAACUUCUUAUGCAGACUUAUAUCAAAAACGUGCAAGAAGAACAAUUAUUCAGUGAACAAGUCAUAGGAGCAAUUUCUAAAUGGAAAGAAUCGUCUGAACUCGAGGAAAGUAGAAAAUCUUAUUCAGAAGCAAUGAAAACAACAAAAGAAACUUCUGAUUUGGAAUCUAUUCAAAGCGAAAACUCCAUGGCAACGGUAAAAAAAACUACUCGAAAACACAAAAAACUUUAUUCGAAUGUUAAAUCGAUACGAUCAGAUGGUGUUGUUAUAAAACCAUGUCAAGACGAAAAUUCCAAAAAUGACAUUCCAGAAGAAAAUAUAAACAGGACUGAUAGCAAGGAGUCCGACAACUGCGCAGAAUCCUCGGUAACGACAAACGAAAGAAUUAAUCCCCUUGAAAGACAGUUCAGUGUCCCGCAAGAAAAUAAUAUCGAAGAUAACGGAAUAACAAAUAACAGCGAAACCCAGAGCGAAAACGCAGUCGAUACUGCUGAUGUAAAAGAUGAUGGAGCUUUUGGUAAUCCAAAUUUACUAGGAGAAAGCUGUUCCGAUGCUAAUGCUGUAGGAAAAAGUCAACUGACGCUUGAGUUCGCAAGUGAAAGCGAAAAUAAACAUAAUAAAGAGCAAACAACUGCUAAACAAGAUAUAGAAGUUCAUCAGAUCAGUUGCAAUAAUAAUGACGACGAUGCGAAUAUUAAUGACGAUAGAGAAGGAGAUAACAAUAACAGAAGCUUGAUCCAUACAGAUGGUGUUCAGAACACCCAACAACAAGUUAUUGGUGACACCCAGGAAUGUGAUAGAAAACAAAAGGAAACAGACUCUAACACCGUAAAGAAGGAUGCGUUGUAUAGUUCAAACAAUUCGACAGAUGCAGUAUUAGAAAGCGAAAAAGAAAAUCCUCAAACAAUUUCGAACGAAGUCAUGGAAGAACAUAUCGGUAAAGAAAAGAGAAAUAUAUCUAACACAGAUAGCAGUUCAUUCAUAGCUAAUGGAAUGAAUGAGGAACAAUUGACAAAUAAUUUGAACGAGACAGAAACUGAAAAUUCUAAUGAUAAAUGUAUGAGUGAUAAAAACAGUUUUGACAGUUCGUCAGAAAAAAAUAGCUCAAGCAAACAGACGGGACAACAGGAAAAUGCGACAAUUACAGAGAAAAGAAAAUAUAGCAGUCCCGGAGAGGGUGGGGAUAAUAUAACCUCAAAAGACAUAUAUCCGUUAAAAAAUUGCACUCCAGUGCCAACAUUUGAAUUAAAAGAAACAAAAGUCACUACAAACAAAGCUGUCAAAAAUGUAAGAUCUUCAAAUGAUCAACAAAUACUAACAAGAGUAACAAAUUGGGAUACAGAUGACGAACAUCUUCCUCCUCUUUCAAAACUACAACGUCAAUUUACAAGACUUCACCACGUACCUUGUGAAAAUCAUGUGCAUGAUAUAGAAGAUUCAUCUCACUACAAAUUUGGGGAUGGGACUCUCUUGUUUGAAGAGAAUAAGAAAAUACUGCAAACAUCUCGGGUUGAUGAAAUAAUUAUGGAUCUGUAUUUCGCCCAAAAAGCAGACUAUUCCAUGCAUAAAGACAGACUUACUUAUCAAUAUUUCAAUACGAAUGUUGGGUUUGCGAGAUCAUCUGCAAAACUGGACGUUUCCAAAGAAUUUCUCUACGGGAGACAAAACACGAUUGACUGUAAAUUUGCUGAAACCUUAAAGAGAAUCGAUUUGAAUAAAACACGGGAAAAUUCCUUUUUCCUUCCAUCUCCUAGAAGUCAGUGUAGAAAAGUGAAGGCUUACGCAAAUCUGCAAAAGAAACUUGCAUAUGUUUUGAAACAAUAAUCUUAUCGAUAAUGUGUCAAAUUAUUUAGAACAAUGAAAUAUGAUGUAUGUAUGAUAAAUUGAUAUAUCUAAUUUACAGUUCAAGCGAAUGUAAGAUUACAUAUCUGUGGAAUCGAAUAUCUAAAUGUGCAGCACUGCAGUUUUAAUACUCUCAAUAUUUUAAGUUUUCGAUAUUCCUAAAUAUUCCUUUAUUCUUUAUGUUGAAAUUAAAAACAUGUUCGACAUUUUUAGGAAUUCAGCCCAAGUAUGGCGCGUCAAAAUUUGCAAUUAUUCUUGAAAAUAAUUUUUUUGCACAUAGUAAAUAAAUAUGCAAUCAUAAAAAAAUGGAUAUCUGUUCAUAAAAGUAAUUAUAUGUUUAUAAAACAAAGAAUAUGUAUAUAAGAAAUAUAUAAAAAAAAAUGUUGAUAACGAAUAAAAGAUAAUUAUUCAAUAAGUUUCGUAGGUUACAUCGAAUAUCGUAUGAUUCUAUUAACAUAUAUAUAUAUAUAUAUAUAAGUCUAAAUUGAAAACAACGUUCAAACCUAUGAUUGCGUUGGAUAAAAACCGCAAUUUUUAUACGUGUGCAUGCAAAACAAAUUUCUUGAUAGAGGGGUCUAAAUUCAGCACAAGCAACAUUUUUCAAAAGACCAAAAAAAGUGAAAAAGUAUAUUUUAACAAAACGCAUUUGACUAGCAGGUCGUACAACAGAUGUUCUUAAAACCUGCUGACUGCCAUUGGCGAUUGCCAAAUAAACGGAUCACAAGAUGUAACAAAAUGGAUCUUGAUUAUUAAUUUAAUACCAAACAGAAAACAAUAAACUUGCGGAAAAGAUGGUAUACCGCAAACAAAAGGUGCAAAAUUAGUACACCAUAUCCGGAUUUCGACAAUUAAUGUCUCUUCAGUGAUGUUAAGAAUCGAAACGGUAUUUGGAAGGCCAUAUAUAUAUAUAUAUAUAUACACAUGUAAGAAAAUAGAUUAAAUUUAAUAACGGUUUCAUUUCAUCAAUACAUGUAUAUAUAUUUCAUGCAUAUAUAUUAUUUUUGAUUUUAGAACACAUAUGUUUUUUAUGAACACACACAUAAACUGUAUAAUGGAUAUGUGAACAUUUAUCUACAACUUAUAAAUAAUUGAAUGGAUGUCAAUGAAACUUUAUACAUGUACCCGUGGGUGUUCUAAAUGUAUACUAUAACGAAUGUAUAGCAAAGAAAAGACAUUCUUCACAUUUCAUUGAAGAAAGAUGUAUUUUAUGGAUACGUUAGCUCAUUUCACGAUCCUAAUUUCUUUUCAUUUUUUCUUUUCUCAUUUAAAUUAUUUCAAUUAAUCUCACUGAAAGUAUGGAAAAGCCCUGACUUUACGGCUUACUCCCUAUCAGACUUUUGCACUAAUAGUACUGAAUUAUAAACAGCUUUCAAUGUUAUCAUGAAAUUGAAAUUCGUGACAAACAGACAAAAUGAUCAAUCUUUAAUUCUAUCUUUAAGUUAGAUCAUAGAUGGUUCACGGACAAGUGAUAAGCCAAUGCACAAAAUUAGAAAAUGCUUUAUUUAUCAUUUUCAUCAUUUCUGUACUACAGCAAUAAAAUUAAGACACCGAUCAUUUAUCUUCUGGGGAAGGGGGGUUAAACAACUAAAUGUUUUAUGAUUGUUAGUUUCGUAUGUUCAAAUGUGACUGUGUGUGUUUUGUCAACAUGCUUUA